AUGUUUUAUGUUGGAGGAUUUAUUGAACUAACUUGUGAAGCAUGCAAGGGAUUUACAUUCUGUGCACUCUGGUUGCUGCUUUAUCCUGGAGCAAGCUGUGUUCUGUCCUGUUCAGAGAUGGAUAACUAUGUAACACCUUGGCUUAUACCAUGCUUAUUCUGUGCAUCUUUUUCCAUAAGGCUAGAAGAUCCUGGCCUAUACUUCCAAUCAGAAUAUAUUUCUGCAUUACCCGACCAAAUAUCUGUUGUGCCUAACGACUGGGAACCAUGGCGUGUGUCUUGA